UCUUCCACUGUGGGCUAUUGUUAGUGUUACAUUCAUGGUUGAGGUGGUAGCAGCAAUGUUUAUCUCAGCUGAAACAACAAUCUAUGUUCACUUUUUUCAGUCGUGUUCCUCCACGGAGGUCGAGGUCUUCUAAUGCUGUUUUUCAGUUCCUAGUAGAAACUUUGGAUGGUUACAAUGCUUGCAAGAGAUAUAACUGUUAAUUUCAAUGUGAGCUUGAUGGCAAAGCGUACCCUUGCCAUGGUCAUGGCAUUGUGUUGAAGAACCUGACACAAAACCAGGAGCAUUAUUUUCUUCUCAAUGUCACUACAAACAAAGGAGAAAGAAACUCAUCAGUUUACUCAUGGUUCAUAGCCAUUACUAGUGAAGAGACAUACACAAGUGGAAAAAGGGUAGCAAUUGAUAUUACAUUCAGUGAACUAUGCACUGGAUUAGGUGGAUUCAAAUGUCAGAACUCAACAAACUCUGAUGUUGUUGCAUCUUCAUUCCAAAUUAUCAAACCAGGUUUUAAGUAUAGUCUUGACCUGAUUCUCUCCUCGAAAAAUGUGUACGGGCAUGCCGUGAUCUCGAUGGUGGAGAAUAUUUGUGCUGACCAGGCUGGAAACAAGUUCAUGAGAACUAAUGGUUCUACUUUGAUUAUUCACUUUGAUAGAAGACCAGUAAUGGUGGAUUUUUGGACUUCUGUUCCAUCAUGAGUUGAAAAUUAACAGUAUCCCAAGAACUGUCAUUGCAACAUGCAAACCAGAGGACAUGAUAAUUUUCUUGGACUUCAGCAUUCCUAUAAGAAAUUCAACAGAGCAAAUUCUAAGAGCGCUACACGUUAACUCCAGUAUCUUAACCCCUUUCCAUGAUAGAAGUAACGAGGCACGCCGAUUUUCUUUCAUGCUUAAUAACAUCUCCAGAACUGAGAUCAUCACAAUUGAAUUACAAGCUACAUCAAUACUUGGAAGAACAGGCAUCCCCGUCUCUCCUGUUGCUCCGAUUACAUUCCUUUUCGAUUCCAUGAGACCUAGUGUGGCACUAAGGACCAGCUCCCUCAGUAGACCAAGGGAUUCUGACAUCAACAUCAUUGCCGAGUUCACAAAGCCAGUAUUUGGCUUUGACGCCUCUAUGAUAGAAGUCUUGGUAGGAAGAUUGACAAGGUUACAGGAUCUAUCCAGAGCUUUGUACUCAUUGACAGUCCAUGCAGAAUCAGAGAAUGAAGUGUCAGUUACCAUUCCUGCAGGGAAGGUAACUGAUAUUUCAGGAAAUGAAAAUUUGGCAUCCAACCAACUUGUAUUCAAGCAUUAUUCUGCCCCUGCAAUAUGCAUUGCAUUGUACUCAUUUGUGAGUGCUGGAACAAUAGCAACAUCACUGAUAGCUGCAAUGGUUUUGCUUUCCUCUGCGAAUCUAGAAGCAAUAAACAUACUUGCUUUGGGAGGUGCAAACUGUCCUACUUCCAAUCCAUCAAUGAAUUUAAAUGUGGUUCAACAAGGGGAGGAAUUAUAACAGGGGUGUUGUUGCUGGCAAUCCCUGCAGCAUUCAUCUUAUCAGUAUCCCUAUUUAUUAUUAUUGUAAUCAACUCAGGAAAAUUUGCCCAGUACAAAGAAUUCAACAAAGUACCUAAUCAAGAAGUGUGGUACAAGAAGUUAUGGUUCCUUUUUGUCGGGAAGCCAACCACGGGAAAGUGGUUUUACAGGGAUGGAUUACCAUCUUCUUUCCUCUCAGGCUUUGGAAUUCUCUUUGAUAAUUGCAAGGGUUCUCCAGCGUUAGUCCUAGGCGAUCAGCAUGAACUAAAUACCAUGACCAAGUGGACCGAAAGCGGCCAAAGCGGGAAUGAAAGAAUUAAGGGGGUCAACUCAGAAGAUAGCAAUGAGGAAAACAAAAAUUCCAUUUUCAGAAGGGUACUAGGAUGCAUGCAACAAUACUAUAUCAUCCUUGACUUAUUAAGAAGAGUUGGUAUGGGAAUGAUAUCUGUAGCUUAUCCACCAGAAAAAACAAGUAAAAGCCUUUUUGCUCUGGUAAUUACAUUAGUACAGUUUAUUUACUUAUUUACCAUAAAGCCAUACAUCAGCAGGAGUGUCCAUGUUGUGGAAAGUGUUUCUCUCUUGUGUGAAGCAGGUGUGUUUGGUAUAUUUGUCAUUCAAAGUGGUUCUAAAUCAACUGAAGCCAGAACUUCGGAACUAAUUAUGAUAGUUCUUCUGUUACUAACCUUCAUUGCACAGCUUAUCAAUCAAUGGUAUGCUAUGGUAAAUACCUUAUUAAGACUCUCAGCCUCAGACUAACUCUUUAAGGCAUGGAUUAAAGCUUGCAGCCAAGGGACUAAUUCUGCCUUUCCUCCCGAAGAAGCAUUGGCCGAGUGUUGUAUCAACAUUCUCCCAAACAGAAACAGAGCAGCUUUCAGUUAAUCCUGCAAGCUCAGGGACAGAACUUGGAAGAAGAAAAAGAGCAGGCUAUUUGGGUAUUCCAAAGCCAAGAUACUAAUGCUUAAGGGUGUUGGAAGUGUAUUUGCAGCUUACUGUACUUAACUCAAAAAUCAUUGUAUAGCUUCUAAUGGUGUUAAACUCUUAGUGACAACUUACUGCUAAUGCUUCU